AGUAGAGGUAGUUGAGUUGGCUGAGUGUUUGGUGCAGAAGACCGGGCCAGAAAGCGACCGUGUCUGGGUGGAUAUCAUGCCCGCUUUGGGUGGAUGUAUUCUGCCCGCUUUGCUGGCUUCUUGGCGGCAGGAGCGCUCGGAGCCAUGGUGAAGAGAAAGAAGACGUGGCCCACUCCCGAAGAGCAGGAAAAUGGCAUGACGCCGGGCUCCCGGGAAGACUUCGCCGUGGACGGCAGGACACAUCCGUCCCGAAGAGCCGAGGAGGAGAGCGAGGAUGGCGGCACAAAGGGAGACGAAGCCUCGGCUAAACUCAGCCCCGCUUCCAAGUCUCCACCCGGACCCGCUCCCGCCCGCCCGGCCCCGGCCUUGGCGGAGUCCAGCACGCCGAGCCACGACCAGCACCAUUUCCUCCGCUCCAGCGUUCGACCUCCCAGCAAAAGGAUCCGGAAGGAUUCCGUGGGCUCGGCCAUCAACGGCCAUGGCGGGGCCAAAGCCAAAGGAGCAGAGAACGGGUCUUCCUCCCAAGGGGUGUUGGGACAGUCCGGACCGGUGGCCGGCUCUACGGGGGUGUCCAAGACCGCCAAGGGGCAAGGGUCUGUUGAGAAGGAGGAGCAAGUUGGGAACCAGAAGAGGGCCCGUCGACAGUGGGAGUCUUGGAGCGCCGAGGACAAAAACAGCUUCUUCGAGGGGCUCUAUGAGCAUGGCAAGGAUUUCGAGGCUAUCCAGAACAACAUUGCAAUGAAGUACAGGAAAAGAGGAAAGCCGGCCAACAUGGUGAAGAACAAGGAACAAGUCCGCCACUUCUACUACCGCACCUGGCACAAGAUCUCCAAGCACAUCGACUUCGCCAAUGUGUACACCCGGGUGCUGAAGAAGUCCUCCCAGGAGCUGUAUGGGCUCAUCUGCUACGCCGAGCUGCGCAAGAAAGUGGGAGGACUCAUGGAUGACAAGAAUGUGGCCAAGCUGAAUGAACUCAUCCAACAAGGGGCCACCACUGUGCGCUCCAAAGGCAGGAACCUGCGCAUCAAAGCCCCCAUGUGCCGUGCCUUGAAGAAACUCUGUGACCCAGACGGAGUAAGUGACGAGGAGGACCAGAAGCCGGUGCGCUUACCACUGAAGGUGGCGGUGGAGCUUCAGCCGCGCAGCAACUACUCCUGGGCCCGCGUUCACAGUCUAGCGUACAACCCUCGCCUCAGGAUGGUGGUGGAACUUCACAGGAAGGUUUCCAGCCUCAUUGAAUUCCUGAAACAGAAGUGGGCCUGUCAUGACCAGAGGAUUAUGAAGAGUCUGCUGGAGAGGGAGGCUUUGGGGGAGGAUGCGCCCCCUCCAGACGAACUCUUUCUUUUCCCGGCUGAGAGCAGCACCCUGACCACGCUGCCUGGGGUUUCCCGCGUGGUUCACUCCAAGGCCUCUUGCACGGUUCACUGGCAAGAGAGCGGCAAGACGCGGCCCAACGCCAAGGAGCUACCCGCCGCUCAGAUCCUGGGCAUCCACACGGCCGCGCCACGGACCGGCGCCAAAUCGGCACGAGGAACCCCAGGUUCAGUCUCGGUGACCCCGCAGAGUGACUGUCGUAAAACCGAGCCCCCCGGCAUUGAAACGUGGCCUGAGGGUUCUGUCAAGGCGGAGGAGAAGAAGCCUUCCACUCUGUCGCCUUCGCAGCAGGCGGCCAUUCCCGCAGAGGAGGCGACCGGACUUUUUGAGGAGGCCGGCGGUGGCCUGGCCGGGACCAAAACCGUGGACAACUUGUGUAGCGGUGCAGAGAGCUGCCUGGACCAAUGCAGGGAGGAGCAGGUCUCCUCCGGCCAAACUCCUCCAGCCAAGCUCUCCAUGGGCGGCCCAGAGGACGCCAAGGAGAGAAGCGUCCAGCAGAUCAGGGAGGACGGCUGGAACCUCCGUGACGCAGAGAACGUGACGCUGGCAGAGCUCUACCUGAUGUUCGGCAAGCCUGGCAAGCUGCAGCUGGAGUACGAGUGGCAGUCGCCCGCACAUCUUCACCAAGACGGAGGAGCAGUGUCCUCGCAGCCCAGACUACGUGGGAAACAACGCGUCUUGAGCUGCCUGCUGAGACUGCUCACCAGCGAGAUCAACCCCAAACCCUUGGCUCCAGAGCUGUGCUCCACAGCCCCGGGUCCUCAGGACGAGCACAGCCCUACAGGAAAAGGCUCCACGGCGGGUGUGCGCAGCCCCAACUGCGGCCGGCUGCAGGCAUCUGUCCGAGGGGGCAGGUUACACCAGCCAAACACCUCAGGUGCACGCCACCUUCCCCGCUCCCUGCUCUGCUCCUCGGCAGCGGCCAGCGACUCGGAGGGCAACGUGUUUGCAGUGCCCACCACCCUCCCCCCCAACAGUUCCCGCCACAACCGCAUGUUCUCCCCCAACAAGGAGGCGGAGCUGGCCUUGAGGCAGCAGCUGGACUCCAUCAGCAUGCAGUCCGAUCUUUUCCUGUCAAGACCAAGAAAACCUCGAAACAGACAACUCCGGAAGCCACUUGUCGUUCAGCGAACUCUUCUACCGCGAACCACAGGAGACACUCCUCAGCACGUCUGCUCCUUCUCCAUCCUCUCCAACUCCUCUGCCACAGGAACUGGCUCUUUCCGGCCAAUUCAGACGCGGCUGGCUCCUCCUACCUCACGCCCUCCACCGUCCAUAGCUUCUUCUCCUGCAGGGACCAGUCAGCUGUCCAGUGCUAUCGACCUGGCAGCCAAGACGGCGGGCAUCAUCCCUGCCAGUCCUUGUCGGGGGCCACAUUCUCCCACGUCCACCCCUGCCAGUCCUUGUCGGGGGCCACAUUCUCCCACGCCCGCCCCUGCCAGUCCUUGUCGGGGGCCACAUUCUCCCACGCCUGCCAGUCCGUGUCGGGGGCCACAUUCUCCCACGCCUGCCAGUCCUUGUCGGGGGCCACAUUCUCCCAUGUUGCCCUCUGCACAGCUGCUGGAUGCUGAACAACACCUGCAGCACCACCUGCCAGAGAAGGAUGUUCCUCCAGCUUCUCCUGGCGUGAAGGAGGGCGGAGACUCUCUCCUGGCUCCGCCCAGUGUGGCCUCGCUCCUGGACAUCUCCCUGCCGGGCCCCCCUGAGGAGUCUCUGCCCCCUGGAGAGAAUCCAAGCCACAUCAGCGACUCCAUCAUCGAGCUGGCCAUCAACUCCGCCCACUACGCAGGCGAGGAGGCCAAGAUGACCAAAGUUUCUCCCUCGGUCAGCCCGUCCAGAGGCUGGAUCCCCUCGCCCGGCCACGACCCCCAGUGGUACCCCACUGACUCCUCUGACUCCACCCUGGGAUGUCUUCUCUCCAGCAUGGGCCGACGCACCCCCCGCACUUUGUUCACCCCCAGCCUGCUGGACUGCAACUCCCAUGAUUCCUUUCACUCCCGCGGCCUUCCUGACGUGGGCGAGGUUGACUCCCAGCUGGCCUGCAUGAUGAGUGAGAGCAGUGUAGACUACAUCGCUCGCUUCAACGACCUGGCUCAGGAGCUGGCUGUCAGCGAGCCCUCCAUAACGCCUCAGGAGCUGGCUGUCAGCGAGCCCUCCAUGGUGCCUCAAGAGCUGGCUGUCAGCGAGCCCUCCGUGGCGCCUCAAGAGCUGGCUGUCAGCGAGCCCUCCGUGGCCCCUCAAGAGCUGGCUGUCAGCGAGCCCUCCGUGGCCCCUCAAGAGCUGGCUGUCAGCGAGCCCUCCGUGGCCCCUCAAGAGCUGGCUGUCAGCGAGCCCUCCUUGGUGCCUCAAGAGCUGGCUGUCAGUGAGCCCUCCUUGGUGCCUCAAGAGCUGGCUGUUAGCGAGCCCUCCAUGGCGCCUCAAGAGCUGGCCUUCAAUGAGCCCUCCAUGGCGCCUCAAGAGCUGGCUGUCAGCGAGCCCUCCAUGGCCCCUCAAGAGCUGGCUGUCAGCAAGCUCUCCAUGGCGCCUCAGGAGCUGGUUGUCAGCGAGCCCUCCUUGGCACCUCAAGAGCUGGUUGUCAGCGAUCCCUCCAUGGCGCCUCAAGAGCUGGUUGUCAGCGAGCCCUCCAUGGCGCCUCAAGAGCUGGUUGUCAGCGAGCCUUCCUUGGCGCCUCAAGAGCUGGUUGUCAGCGAGCCCUCCAUGGCGCCUCAAGAGCUGGUUGUCAGCGAGCUCUCCAUGGUGCCUCAAGAGCUGGCUAUCAGCCAGCCCUCCAUGGCGCCUCAAGAGCUGGUUGUCAGCGAGCCCUCCAUGGCGCCUCAAGAGCUGGCUGUCAGCGAGCCCUCCAUGGCGCCUCAAGAGCUGGUUGUCAGCGAGCCUUCCAUGGCGCCUCAAGAGCUGGCUGUCAGCGAGCCCUCCAUGGCGCCUCAAGAGCUGGCUGUCAGCGAGCCUUCCAUGGCACCUCAAGAGCUGGCUGUCAGCGAGCCCUCCAUGGCGCCUCAAGAGCUGGCUGUCAGCGAGCUCUCCAUGGCGCCUCAAGAGCUGGUUGUCAGCGAGCCCUCCAUGGCGCCUCAAGAGCUGGUUGUCAGCGAGCCCUCCAUGGCGCCUCAAGAGCUGGCUGUCAGCGAGCCCUCCAGGGCGCCUCAAGAGCUGGCUGUCAGCGAGCCCUCCAUGGCGCCUCCCUGAGGACUGCAGGAAGAAGAAGAAGAAGAAGAAGAAGAAUAAAGCCAUGACAGCAGGGGUCCAAACUGACCUUUUUCAUAGUUUUCAUUCUCAAAACCAUUUUUAUUUUGCCUUGAUGCUCUCCUGGAGUCAGAAGUUGUGUUGUUGUUCUUCAACACAACUCUGAAUGACAAACUCACUAAAUAUUUCACAUUGUCAACUCAUGACUUCUAGCAUUCAUAACAUUGAUUUUAAAAUCAAGAUUAUUUUAUGAGCGAUGAUUUGUUUUCCUUUUAAAAUCCAAAAGUUGUACUUGGAUUCUCGAUCUAUCCAUCCAAGAAUUUAACGAUGAAGCUCUUUGCCCUCUUUGGUCUCACGGAAGAGUUUUUAAGGCAAAAAUAUGCAACAUUUUCCCCCCAAAUAUUUCCAAUUGGAAUUUUUGUUGAUUUUAAGCAACGUUUUAAAAGAAGAAAAACAAAGCAGCUUUUUUUUUUUGUGAGUCCACUUUCCUUGCACUUGGACAACCUGGACUGAAGUUGGAAAAGCAAGAAAGUCUCAACUUGACUUCUUGCAACUUCAACUUUUGGGAAAGUCUUUGAGUGAUUGGAUCUGGCUGGGACUUGACUAGUAACACUAGUUCUGCUGCUCAUGAAGGAUUUCUUCUACAUUUUGUAACAUCUAACUAUUUAUUGCUGAACUAAGUGCUUCUUUAACUUAAAAUGUUCACUUGCUACAAAUGUCUUUCUAUGGUGUGCAUAAAGUUGUGUAGAAAACUUA